AUGGGUGGUGCGAUAAAAAGUGAUGAUGAAUCACGCAUUAGUAUUCAAUGUGCUACACUAACAUAAAUUGAAUUAUUAGAAGAUUCUAUUCGACAUAGUGCAAGUUCUUAUUUUCUUGCUAAAAUUGCCCUAGCUCAACUUAUAAGUGAUAUUGAUUUUCGGAUAUUAACUUAUCUUGAACAACAACAACAAUUGAAAAAAAAAACAAAUCGAUCAUGGCUUGAUCGUUGUAUUGAUAUUAUCUUCCAAUGUCUUAAUGAUGAUGAUACGCGCCUUCGUCAAGCAGCUGCUUCGAUUUCUGCUUAUUUUUAUGAACUAAAAAUUAGUCUUAAAAAAUUUGCUAAUACAAAUGAAUCUAAUUUUCAAGCUGUUGUACCAGAUUUACUUGCUCAACUAUUUUUAAUUUGUGUUAAUUAUAGCUUACUAAAUUUUGGUGAAGUUCAUUGUAUUUCUAAUCUUUCGUUUAUUUUUAAAUUGCAUUUUCUUACUCAUAUAAACAAUCAAAUUCCAACGAUUGAAGAAACUAUGUCAGAUUAUGAUGUAUCAUCACAUUUUAUUUAUCAUAUUGCUGAAUUUCUUGUUAUUUUAUCACACGAUAUACUUCAUUCAAAACAAGUUCUUAAUGUACAAGAAAUUUUCGAGUAA